AUGUCAUCGAUCUCACCGAGCAGCAGUCCCAGGUGGGACUACAGGAAUUCAGGCUUCGUUUCUCCCUCACAACUCCAACUCUUAAAGCAGCAGGAAUUCGAGCUGCAACAGCAGCGGCUUCAGCAGCAACAACAGCAUCAAGAUCACGAACCCUUUCCAGCACAGAACGGGCAGCACACGUCAGCUGCGCACGCAGAAGCUCCACAGCAGCCGGGUAUGUUCAGGACCACCAGCCGGCCACCGCAAGACGCUCCAGCGCCGACGCACGGUACGCAACACACCCACUCGCGUACCCACUCGGCGUUCUCGUUCUUCAAGAGCAAGAACCAUCAGUCUACUCCCUCCACUGUCUCGUUAUCCCCUCAAUCCGCCGGUGAGUUGGGUGAGCUGCGAAAUGGCGCGGCACAGCAACCUGCGCCGUCCGCUUCGUCCACCGCCCCCAUGUCGCCCGCUAUGCCCGGGCCUUCGAGUAGAGAACAACCACCGCAGACACCCAAUCAACCUUUGAACAAUUCAUCAGCUCCUGUGCGAACGUCGAUAGCUGGUCCGCCAGGACCUGCACCGCUUCCACCGUUACAUCCCGAGAUACGAUCCAUUGUGCAGCUCACGGCCGCACAUGGAAGCAAGAUUUACUUCUCAGGACCUCUGAUUCGACGCUUUGACCGUCAGCCAGAUGGCCAGAGGCCGACCAAAGACGAAGGAUGGCGCGAGGUCUGGGCGCAACUGGGGGGCACGAUCUUGAGCUUGUGGGACAUGAAGGAGAUUGAGGAAGCAAGCAAGGAGGGUAGACAAGCUCCCCCAAGCUAUUUGAAUGUCACAGACGCAUUCGUGCAAGUACUCGGUUCUGUGACCAUGCCCGCCACGUCCACCUCCGCGGCGCAGAAGUACACCAACGUGCUGACUCUGAACACCGCUGGGUCGAAUUUACUGCUCUUCGCAUGUCCCUCCACUCAAGCCCUCCUCUCAUGGGCGGCCGCACUACGUCUCGCAGCCUGGGAGAAAUCACGGCUAGAGGAGAUUUAUAGCGCCCACUUGAUCAGAAUCACGCUCAACGACGGCCGAGACAUGCACACGCCGCUCCGCGACGGCCGCAUGGAAGGCUGGAUACGAAUUCGCGUAGCAGGACAGACCGACUGGAAACUCCUCUGGAUGGUCAUCUCAGCAGGCGCGCACAGUAGUGAUGCUGGCGUUGUAGAACUGCGCUCCCCGUCCCCCACCGUUCUCCGCAAGAAGCGCAUCUCGUCGCUGUUCUCGCGCGACCAGAGCCCUCCACGGGUCCCUGCGCCCGCAAGGCCGAUGCUACAGCUAUUCAUGUCAAACAAGCCGAAGGACAGGAGGGAGGCGGUCUUGACGGUGCGCGACGUCUCGCAGGCGUUUGCAGUAUAUCCGGAGCGACCGGAGUUGAUUAGCCGGAGCACGCUACUUAAGAUCGAAGGUAUGCUUGGUGAUGAAGAGGUUGCUGGAGCCAUGCGAAACAGAGAAGGGUGGCUUUUGGUUAUGCCGGAACUUAAAGGCAAUGGUGCGCGGGCUUCGGAGAUGCUCAAAUGGCUGAUUGCAAUUCAUGACGCAUUCGAAUUAUAUGGACGACCUCAAAUGUACAGCUGGGAUCCAAGAGAUCCCGGAUCCAUGAUGUUCGCGUAUCCCAUCGGCCCGCACAAGGAUCUUUUAUUCCUGGACCGUGAACUUGCUGAAAACCUUGAUCCACGAGACGACCGGACGUCCUCCGCUCGGGCUCAGCUGCGGCAUAUCCUGUGGGAUCGCAUGCGUGGUAGCCCUGACCAGUCCCAAUCACCCGCAACGGGUGCGCCUACACUUCCACCUCUUCCAGAUAUUACGCUUAUGGGUGACAUCAAAAACGAGGGUCAGAUUCUCGUUGAGCGUAAGAGCGAAGAGCAGCAGUACGCUGCUGCGGGUAGCUCUCAGCAAGCUUCUGUGUCUGGCGGACCACUGCAACUACCUCCACUUCAGUUCGAGAUGUCUCGGGACCAUGACCUGCCGGACAUUCCUCCACAACUGCCUCGCCCACUUACGCCUAUCACCGAGAGGAGCGACCCGCGACAUAGUCGUUCUGGCUCCGGAGAGGGUGCAGCUGCACAGCCGAACUCGAACGGGCAAGUUAACGGCUCACUCGAUCACCCUCAAGAGGAAAUCAAACCCAUAACUUCGUUCUUUGGGGAGCCGCUGGUAAGCAGUCCCGUAGCAUCCAGCCCUCCACCGACCAUUCAGCAAUUUGACUUCCGCAAGCGACAAAGCGAAGAUUCUUUCACAGCUGGAUCACCUUCUCGCCCCGACUCCAAGCUUACUUCGUUCACUCCCCCAAAGCAACCUACUUCACCGUCUGCGGUUCAUACGAAGUUCGAGUCCAACUCGUCUCACAGUCAAAGCACGGAACAUGGCAGACAGUCUCCAGCAUCAUUAGUACAACAACGUCAGUUCACUAUAACGCCUCCGCCGCCCAUUCAAGCCGCUGCAAAGCCUUCUUCACGCCCAGCAUCUCCUCGCCCCUCGAUUCCUGCCUCUCAACAGUCUCUGUUCGAAUCUCAAAAUGCGCCGCCUUCGCCCCAGUUCUCAGUACUGACUUCUCCACACUCUCUCGCAGACCCUCAGUCCCCUGUCUCCCCCAUUACUAUGCGUCGAGGAUCCAGGAUGUCCCUCAUGCAGGAUGUCUUCCCUUCACCUACGAAUACCGGCCAGCCCCGUCCUUCGACACCUAUCUCUGCUGGUAUGCAGUCUUCCUUCAGCACCCCUACCUCCCAGCUUGCCAAAUCCGUUCGUGUUCCACCUUCCCCGCCGUCUCCGACGCCUCAAGCUGCGCCAAUGGAGCAGACGCCUUCGGCUGCUAGUUCGACGGCACCGGAGCCUCCAUCCAAAGAUGAGUCUUCACCUGAGAUUUUACGCGAAGCAGGCGCACUAUACUACAUGCGGCUCGAGCGAGGUGAAGUUGGCCCUCGCCGUCAGUUGCCUCCGCCUCCUUCGGAAGAGAAGGACGAGACAACGUCCAGCGAGAGUGGCUCCGCGUACAGCCCUACGCCGGCAGCCACCGCUCGUAGUCAAGGGAGCUGGGGUCCAUCUCGUGUAACGAGUCCGACUGCGACCAGUCCGGCAAUCGGCUCUGUUUCGACAGCGAGCACUUCGUACUUCCCUCCCCAGCCUCAGCCGCAGGUCCAGAGUCGGGGCGGAAGUUCCUCCGGGCAUAGCACAGCCAAGCCCGGCGGUGCCCGAGCGAUCCCCAGUCCAGACCCCGGCGCUAGGGCGUCCAGAAGGCCGUCCGGUGCACGUGAUCUUCCCAUCAGUAAAACCAUUGCGGCUGCCCAACGCGAGCUUCAACACUCGACUCCCCUUCCUCCUUCCGACAUCGACGAGGACGACGAAGACAAUAUGAGUGACGAUGACCGCACCUCUGAGGAACGUGGCCCUCGCCUCCUCCCGCCCCGCCUCGCAAAGGCCGAGGCCGAGAGCAUGCAUGGCAACCAGCAUGACGCUGCAGACAUGCUCGCCGCACUUUCGUUCCUCGAACGCGAGGAAGCGCCUAUGCAGCCGCAACCGAAGCUGACACAGUCGCCGCCGCCAAUCUCGCCCGUCCCGCCGGCCCAACACCUCGCCGAGCCGCGUGCGACAUCGCCGACACCCUCGAUCCGUUCAUCGUUUGUUCCCUCGCGAAAGGCCGAGGAACGCAAGGCGAAAUCGCAAGCGCAACAGGCUGCUCACGACGCCGCGGUUCAUCAACCGGGUCGCGCGAAUGGUCGUCGUCAGAAGAAAGCUCGGGAUGCUGGUGCUUGGGGGGAGAGCAGUGAGGAGGAGGAAGAGGAGGAGGACGAGGAGGACGAAGAUGCGGACUCGGACUCAGAUAACCGGCCGCCAGCGAGGGGUGGAAGGAUGGGCCAGCGCGGGUUCGGAUCGCCGCAUCGGUCCAUGCAGCCGGCAGAGCAUGGUGUGUCCCCUGGUGCACAUCCUCAAGAGGGCAGCCCAUCACAACCGCGACGUCCACGAGACCUUCCACAGGUGCCAGGUCAAGGGCAAGGAUAUCCUCCGAUGGGCCCUGGUUUGUCACCAAUGGGUAAGUGCUCGUCAGAAGACCAUCUCGCUCCCCAGCCUCGCCGCUUUGUGUCGGAUCAGUUUUCUGAAGGCGCAAGACGGUCGUUCUACCCCGACACACAACGCCACCAACCUUCUCCCCAGCCUCAGUUCCGCCCACAGACCGAGUACAUUCAGCCGGGGGCUGCUCGUCAGAACAUGUGGAGCCAAGUCCUCGAGCGAGAUCCCGCCGCCGCCAAUCCCGAACCUAGCCGCGAUACCUUCAUCCAAAUGGAAAAUCCAUCACACACAAUGACCAAGGCGUUCGCCCCGCACGGCCUCCUCUCCGCCGGUCUCCAAGACAAGCAGGAUCGAUCAGCAAAGCGGCAAGAGGAACUUGCGCGAGAGACUGGUGCAUCGCUUAUCAAUGUACCCAAUAAGCCGCCGCCACCGCAGACUGGUCUUCUUGGCGCCGUCACGGCCCACGAGCGAGAACGGAAGCGUGAGGGUGGCCUGGGCGCGACACUCACGGAACGGGAACGGGAACGGCGUCUGGCAGAGGAGAGACAGCGCAAGCUCGACGAGUUCCAGCGCAUGCAGCUUGACCAAAUGCAACAAGGCGGCUCAAUUUACGGUGGCAUGGGCGUGCCGCAACAAUUCACGGGCUACAAUCCGAUGAUGAUGAUGGGCAUGAACCCGAUGAUGGCUGGCGGCUGGGGCUACCCUGGCAUGAUGAACCCACAACACAUGUUCGCGGCACAACAGGCGGCCCAGGCGUACCAGCAGGCCAUGGCUGUGUUGUCGACGGCGGGCUCGCAGGCUGUCGGAGAGAACGGUCAGGUGCCGCCACAGAUGAACCCGAUGAUGACCGGCGGGAUGUCGUUCGACCCUCGCAUGUCGAUGAUGGGCAUGCCAAUGAUGACGCCCCAGAUGACGGGUAUGGGCAUGGGCAUGGGCGGCAUGGGUACGCCUCCAAUAGGACCUAUGGGCCCAAUGGGUAUGGGCAUGGGAACUGGUAUGGGCAUGGGCAUGGGUGGAAUGACCCCGCAAAUGACGGGCGCGUCCGCCUUCGACAUUCGACUCCCUCCCGGUAACGAAGGCGGCCUGCGCCCGGCCGGCGAGGCAGCCGGUUCGCGCCCUUACUCUCAAAACGCCUCUACCAACGGCUCUCCCGCAACUGCCGCUCGGCAAUUCGACGCGAACGUGAAUGGCGAGGAGGCUGCCAAGAAACCACCUGCGAACGUGCAGUAA